UUAAGCAUUGCAUGCAUGCUCUAUCCAAUUUUUAGUCAAUGGUAAAACAUUUCUGACGGGUAGCGGACUAACGUUCUUUCCUGUUUGAAAAUGUUUUACCUUCGGAGCAGACCCGGCGAAGUAAUCGGUAACACAGUUUUAAUCUUCAUAAUGUAGAAUUUUGUAAUUAUGAACAAACUUAUCGUUAUAUAUAUAUAAGAUAUAAAUUUUGUGAUGAAAAGUGAAUAUUUACCGAAAAACUUAUAGUUAGUUUUUCAACAGUUCCUACACAAUGUUGAAUUAAUAUUUUAUAUUAUUCCACGAAUAUAGUUACAGUGUUUGCUCCAAAUUAAAUAAUAAAUGCAAGAGUUAUGCUUCUUUUUUAUGUUAUUUUUUCUUUCCAUGCUUAAAAUACGUUACGGUUAUAAAAACUGAAGACAAUAAGGCUUGAAGAAUUGAGAUAUUUCCGAAACCCAUCUUAUAAACAGAAAGUCCACUUUCCCAAUGACCAUCACUAAUAAAUCCCUAGCUAUGUAAAGUUUGAAAAUUGUGCAAAAUAGGUUUGCGCUUAUUUUUAAACAUAUUUGGUGCACAGCCUGUUCGCCUUCUCAGUACCAUACCCUUAUAUCGUAAAUUUUUUCGGAAUAAACCAUUGCCAAGUUUUAGUCAUUUUGAAGCAAGAGGGUAGGAAUAAUUUUUGAAGAACAGAAUCAUUCCAACGGUCGACGAAGAACCUUCAAAGAUCUGAAAAUAUCAAGUUAGGGUGUUACUUGGGUGCAUUGUGUGUGUAGUGCGUGUAUUGUACGCGUAGUGCGUGUAUUGUACGCGUAGUAAAUGUUGUGUGCAGUGUAGUUGUAUUUAUAGCGACAUUUCUAGCCAUAUUUAUUACAAUAUGUAUACAUUUAGAGAACUUUCGGACAUACAGUUUUGUUACGGUGCGGCGGACAGUAAUAGCAUAAAAAUGCAAAAUUUAUACGCCGAAAAAAUAUCUCAAUAGGACUAUACCCAACGCAAAGAUAUUUCAAAGAUAAGGCGAAUUCAGCACAAUCCGAAUCUGGGAGAUAGAAAACUGCAUCGUAUUCGAGAAAAUUCAAGAAGAAAUAAUCUUUGCAAAUAACGACAAAUCGGAAAAUUUAACGCAAUUCCAGUUUCCCCGUAAGGAUAUUAUUUACUGAUGAGACAACAUUUAAUAAAUGUGGAACAACAAAUAUACGUAACGAACAUUUCUGGGCACGUGAAACUCUACACGCAAUAAGAGAUGGUUUGUGUAGAAUGGUGUAGCAUCACAUUCUACCAAUGCAGUGCAAGAGCACUUGACCAGCUGUUUUGGAAACAGGUGGAAUUACUAGAAUUAAUGAAGAUCUAAUGAAAAUUUUUCAUAUGAAAUAAGAGAAUUACGAUAAAAUGUGUGCGGCUUUUCUCUUUUCUUUCCUAUUUCUCUCUCUUUUUUUUUUAACUUUAACCUUCGUUCCUACUUACUUAAAACUGGUCUUUAAUUUUACCUAUCUUGGAGAUGUGACAAAUUGAAAAGUAAAUUGCAUAAGUGAAAUAAACACACGGAAAUCAUAUAUCCUUUUUUCACAUUUGAUGUUAUGUAUACGCAACAUUGUGUUUUAGUAAAAUAUCAAUUAACAAUUAAAGUAAGUUAUCGACAAUAAAUGUAUUCAUCUUCAGUAAAUUUUAGUGGAUUAUAGUCUUCUUUACAAUACUAUGCGACAAAUUCCGUUUCUACAAUUAAUAAUUUAUAAAAAGUAAUUUUUAUUGUUACAUCCUAAUAUAUAUUACAGGCUAAAAAAUUAUUUAGUUCUGGAAAGGUUAGUAUGUAACAUUCGAUUAGGAAAGGCAAUGGAGUUAAAAGGUAGCGCAAAAAGCAACCGUAUACGGAGUUCGUUAAAAUCGAAAAAAUUGAUUGCACCAAAAGUGGAAGUGAUUACGGAAAAUGUUUUUGUACCGAUAACAAGGACCAUAUUUACGAAGAAACGUGGUGAUGCAAUGCAGUGCAAUUUUUCCGUACCAAAAGUGGACUUCGUUAAGUUAUACCAAUGUAAUAACGGCGCAACGAUGCCAUUAUUAAAGAAACCAUAUAGCCUUCUAGUAAAAAGCUGUACAGAUCCAAUACCCUAUCCGAACCAGACUAAUAUAGUAAGUAAACACAAAGAAGUAGAAACAUCAGGAAAACGGUUACGUUCGAUUAAUAGAAGUUACAGUUUUGUAAACAUUAAGAAAGUAAAUUUCUCUCAGCAACCAGAAAUUAAAAAGCAACAAAUAUUGAUAUUUCCUUCAUCGAUUUCUGAUCUGCCUUUGACUUCGUUCAAACGUUACUCUCCUGCAAUGGAUGAAAACGCAAUUAAAACAAGUAAACGGAAGAAAAUGGAUAAAAUUAAUGAGAAAACAAUAACUGGCGGUAUUAAUCGCAUCUCAUCGAAUCUUCCAAAAACAAACGGUAAUGAUAAAAAAUUGAAAUUACACGAAUCAGAAAAUGUUAUUCGUCGAUCGCAGAAUGAUACUACUCGGACUAAAUAUUUGUCAUCAAGUUCUAAGGAAAAGAUACAUCUGAUGGAAAACAAUAUCAAUAAUUCAAUUAUGUCAAGGAACACCUCGAAUGUUUCAAUUACAUUAAGUUCAACAAAUCCAACAGCGACCACGAAGAGAGAAGACGUUAAAAAACAAUGUAUUUUUGAUCCUUAUUGUGAAUCUGUCUUGGAAAAUAUCGACGUAGCCAUAAGAGGAACAAUUUCUAAUAAUAUCAUUGAUUGUGGAAAAGAAUUAAAGUAUCCAAUUACACAUAUCGAAUCGGAAGCCUUUAAUCAACUUCAGUCUACCAUGUUUGAUGUUUCGACAUCAGACAAUUUUUUAAAAAUGAACGGACCCGAUACGAUAGAGACUAUGCAUAGUAAAAUGUUGGCUACGCGUAAUUUUCGGCAUCAUUCUCGAGAGAACAUUGGCCAUUCGAUUCUAUCGUUUCUUCGGAACAAUCGAUCUCAAUAUCAGGAUAGUACAAACUCGCACUACGGCCGUAUGUGCAAGAUAAAAUAUUCUUGGCAGGUCAUUGGUACAAGUUCACAAACAUCACAGACACUUUUAGACAAUUUAGUUAAGGAAAGCAAUCUUCUCGAUGACGAAUCAGUCUACAAAUGUAGCGUUAAAUAUUCUUGGCAAAUUAUUGGAAUCGCUACACAAACUUCUCAAAGAGAUUUCACCGUUUCAGAAUGUCGAUCGGCUAUUUCAUUUUUAUCUGCAAGAACAAAUACGAUUUGUCAUCCUAUUAAAGAAAUGAUAUGUGACUCACCACCAACUGCUACAGUUUGGCGAAAGGGUAAAAGAUUUAUUAUAUUAAAUAACCAAUACACACAAACGUUUACUCAUAAAGAAUGUCAGACGGUUUUUACAGAACUUUACAAAAAAUACCAGAAUUAAAAGUUAUCGUUCACUUCAUAUUAAAAGUAUUGAAAUCAGUGGUAAAAAUUAUAUUAUACGAAAAAUCUAUAUAUUAUCAAUAUGAUACAUAUCUUGCAUCAGCUUCUAGUUCAGUUUUACUUUUUCAAAUCGAACAGAGAUUUAUUUAUUUUAUUAGAAAAUAAUUAAAAAAUUUUCAAUCUUUAUACAUACGUAGAUUAUCUUAUGUUAACUUUUAACUGGAAUUGUUAGAACACAAGUAAUCAAUUUAAGUUAGAUUUUUGGUACUUUACGA